GCAUUUUGACUUUGACAGUUCCUGGGAAUUUUGUGAGGUUACGUGUUUGCUUUUGUUUAUUUUUGAUGAAAAUGGUUAAUUAUUGCUUUGUGUUUAAUUGCAAAAACAAUACUAAAAAUAGUAAAAGAUUGAGUUUUUUUUCUAUUCCCUCCGACACUAAAAGUCAAAUGAUUUGGUUGCCAUUAAUUGGGAGAGAAGAGUGGAUCCUAAGAGAUCCAAAAGCAGUGACUUCAAAACGGGUCUGUAGUGUUCAUUUCUCUCCAAAUCUUAUUUCUGGAAUAAGAUUAAAGAAAAAUGCAGUGCCAGAUAUAUUCGAUGAUGGUGUAGGUUUUAGAGGAGUUAAUGUGAAUGUUUCAACAUCGGCAGGCAGUAGUGUGUCUAGGGAAGUAUUGAAAGAGGCAAUACAAGACAAUAUUGAAAAUGUAUCUGCAAAUAUUCCUGAUCCAGGUACAUCAGAAACAGUUGUGAAGAGAACUACUUCAGAAUCAACUCCAAGAAAAGUGGCUCUUCAAAAUGAGGUUCAAAGACGACUGUCUACAGUCUCAUUAAAAGAUGUAGAUCAAGAACUAGGAAGAGAGAGCCAUGAAAUUGAAGCUGUUCCUGAAAAAUAUCAAGAAAUUUGUCGGACCUGCCUUAAUAAAAAUGGAUUAUUAAAUUUGUUUGAAAAUAAGCACAAUGAAUUACUGUUCAGCGAUCUCUUUACCAUGUUUUCACUGCUUGAAUUGGAUUCAACUGAUGAGCUACCAAAAAAAAUAUGUGAUACGUGUGCUGAAAUUGUAAUACAAUUUUACAUGUUCAAAGAACGUAUCCACCAAUCUCAAAUUAUUUUGCAAGAUGUUUUAAAUAAAAACUCCAUCCCUGCAAAUGAAGAAGAAGUAACAGAAGAGAAUGCUGAUGAUCAAAAUGAUGAUACAGACUUGGAUACAAACGAAAUUAAAUCUAAUUAUUAUUGUAAUGAUAAUUCGGAUUCGGACUGUGAUUCUGAUAAAAGUGAAGUAAAAUUAUAUGACCCUAGUAGUAAUGAAAUAACGUGCACUUUCUGCAACUUAAAAUUUAAUUCAUAUGCUAAUUAUUUAACGCACAGAAGAAAAGAAGCAGAGUUAAGACGAAAAAAGGAACCUUGUGUUAUAUGUAAUAAAGUAAUCAGCACUUAUAAACUUAAAGAUCAUUUAAAUUCGCACACUAAAGAAGCACCUUAUGAAUGCGAAGAAUGCGGAGAAAAAUACAGAUUCAGAUCAAGUUUAUACCGUCACAAAUUUGUUCAUAAAGAAAAGAAACCUCAUGUAUGCCACAUAUGUGGUAAAGGCUUCAUCCAAGCUCCGACAUUAACAGAUCACAUACGAACACACUACAGCGAGAAAUCUUUUAUAUGUAAUAUAUGUGGAAAAACUUUUAUAACAAAACAUGCUUUAACCAACCAUAUUUACAUGCACAAAAGUGAUAAGUUGGCUGAUUUGAAUGACUUAACUUGCAAAAAUUGCGACAAAAUGUUUACCGCCGCACACACUUUUAACCGUCACAUGCUUACUCAUUGCGAUAAAACAUUUCUAUGUAGUCAAUGCGGAAAAAAAUUUGCGACGAAGUCCCUUUUGAAGCAACACCAAAAGCUGCAUUCCGAAAUUAAACCUUACAUUUGUGAUAUCUGUAAUAAAAGUUUCGCACAGAAAAAUAGCUUGUUGAAGCAUACUCGUACACAUAGCGGAGAAAAGUCGCAUGUAUGUGUUAUUUGUGACAAAACUUUUUCACAAAAAGGCCAUUUGACGUAUCAUAUAAGAACCCAUAGUGGCGAAAAACCUUAUAAUUGUAGCUACUGUGAUAAGGCAUUCAGUCAUUCUGGAUCCUACAAAGUUCACCUACGAAUCCACACAGGUGACAGACCUUAUAUUUGUGAUGUGUGUGACAAAGGAUUUUAUGAUUCAAGCAGUAUGAAAAAACAUCGUAAAAUACACGAAAGCAGUAUAAGUAACAACUCUUAUAACAAAACGACUAAUUAAAAUUAUACUAGAAAUGUAUCUGUACUUA